UUUAGUCCUCAAUUCGAUUUCAAAAAUUGCGAACGCUCUUUUUUUUUGUCGUGAGAUCAAUUCUCGAGUGUUUAUAUUUCUCUAUUUCGAGACAAACAAUAGAGGCAUUGAAAGCAGCGCGCUAUCGACAAGUUGAAGAUAGAGCAACGUUAGUUUUUUUGUGUGUGAUUUCAAGUAAAAUAAGAAAACAAAAAUAAAAAAAAUGGCUUUGGUCCCAUACGAAAGAAGAAUUGCCGAAUACAAGGAUUGGUUGGAAGCAAAACGUCGAUGGAACGAUGAUUUACUUGUAAGUGAGUGGUUUUGGCCAACUCCACAAUCGUGGUCUGCUUAUCGUUCGUUGUGCACACCAGGUGGAUACUUACGUCCUUGGGUUGAUUCGUACUAUGGUGAUUUAAAUUGCGUUGAACGCGAUGUUAAAGUGACUAAAGAUUUGUUCCAAGUACAACUUGAUGUGCGUCACUUCAAAUCGUACGAAAUCCAAGUGAAAGUGGUGGGAAAUUCGAUAAAGAUCACUGGCAAACAUGACAAACGCCCAAAAGUCAAUGGAUAUAUUGAACGUCAAUUCGAACGAACAUACGAUUUAUCAAAUGACUUCCGAAUUCGUGAUGUUACAUCGUCAUUGUCAACGGACGGCAUUCUCACUGUUAAGGCUUAUCCAACCGUUCCACCACCAUCAUUGGCCUACGUCCGAAAUAUUCCAACCUAUCAAACUUUCCGUCCAUCAUAUUUGGAAAAUUAAACACACCAAAUCGGGCCGGAAACAGCUGGCUGCUUGGUGAUGCGUGCGUCGAGUUUGUGUGUUUGUGUGAGCAUCGUCGUCUCGAGUUAGGAAAUAUGCACAAAAUAAAAACUUUAUUAACAUUUUUGCUAAUACAUAUACUCUCAAAUGCAAGAGAUAAUUAUUUCUUCUUUUUUUUCUACUAUAACAGAGCAUUUUUUGUUGUUGUUAAUUAUUUUUUUUCUGUCACAAAAUACGAAAAAAAAAAAUCAAAUUGUGUUCUAACUAAUCAAGAUUUCAAAAGUCGCCUACGCGUUGAGACAUAAAUGAUUCUAA